AUGCCAGUUCGUUAUGACCGUGAUCUUAUGUCAACAACAUUAAAGGCAAUGAAGAGAGUUGCCGAGAUCAGAGCACGACGUGAGCGGGUAUUUUACAAGAACAGAAUGGCUGGAAAGGAGGAGCGUGAAAAAGCCGACAAUGUACGCGAAGUACAACGACAUAUUGAGCUUAUCAAAGCGCCUUCUGAUAGAGUUAAAGCACGGGUUGUUAGGAUUAUCGAGCCAACGCAGCAACAAAUGGAUCUGGAUUCUUAG